AAGUGCUGAUAGUCUAUGCACAUCAAGAGCCCAAGUCUCAACGGAUCUUUGUUGAAGAUUGCUGUGGAAGAAUUGACCAAGCAGGGCUGCAGUGUCACAGUGUCGGAUUUAUAUGCAAUGCAGUUUGAGCCAAGAGCAACAAGAAAUGACAUUGUUGGUCGCUUGCAUAACUCGGAAGCUUUCAAUUAUGGCGUGGAGACCUGGGAAGCUUACAAGAGGGGAGGUUUGUCCAAAGAUCUGGUUGAAGAGCAAAAGAAGGUGCAGGAAGCAGACUUGCUGAUUUUUCAGUUUCCCUUGUUUUGGUUCAGCAUGCCUGCGAUCCUGAAGGGCUGGAUGGACAGAGUGUUGGUCCAAGGCUUUGCUUAUGAUUUGUCAAAGUCUUAUGAUGGCGGUUUGCUCCAGGACAAAUUAUCCCUGUUUUCUUUCACCACUGGAGGAACCAAAGAGAAGUUUGCAAGCAGAGGUGAUGUUCGCUAUCUCCUGUGGCCCAUGCAGCAUGGAAUCAUGCACUUCUGUGGUGUCAAAGUCCUUGAACCUCACAUCUGUUAUGCUCCAAAGCAUGCCUCUGAGGAGAAGAGGAAGGAGAUGCUGACUGCCUGGACCCAGCGUCUGAAGACUCUUUGGAAGGAAGAACCCAUAAACUGCUCUCCUGAGUGGUAUUUCAAGUAGUGCUCAGGUACACGACUACAGAAAGAAGAUCAUUUUUCUCCAUUCUUUUGGAUGCUCUAUCUAAAUACCUGAAUGCUAAUCUCCUAAUUCAAAUGUAUUUUAACAAUCUGGAAUAGAGCAACUAGCAUCUUAUCUGAAAAUACAGCAUUUAUCUUCAUUGGUUUCUGAGGGAUUCUCAUUAAGGAUGGGUGCAAAACUCUUUGUGAAGCUCUCCUUGCUCACAUAAACUGUGCUAUUAUCCAGCCUCACUGUGAUUGAUCACACAAGUGGUAUUUAACGGGAGAUGAUACCAUUGCUGAUUGUAAAACAAUAAAGUACAUGACCAAGGUAAUUUUAACACUGUUUGUACCAGCUGCCCCUCUUUUUAUUGUCCAGGGAAUACGCUGCCCAUACUCACACUUGUUGUUUCAAAGAGCAGGAGUGGCCAUGAGGGCUCUACCUUGCGCCUUUGGGCUAUGAAGCCAGAUCAUGAGCAGUGCAAAAGGAUGUAGAGUUGCACAGUGACUUUGACAGCUGGAAAGCCUUGUGGGCAGCCUUAGGCUUUUCCACAUAUUCACAAAGCAAUGUUAAAGCUACAAGAGAUACCAGAGAAGGGAAAAAACAAAUACUGUAUAAUGGUAUGUGCAUGAGUCGCCUUCCUUUGUAGACUGCACCUCCCAUUUGUAAACUCAGUAGCUUCCUAAAA